GAGUGUGAAGUUAAAAGAACCGUUUAUUUCCACACUUCUUCUUCUUUUGCUGCAGCCCUAGUGUGACCUCACAGGAAGUCUUACAAAACCAGUCUGACAAAAGAUCAACCCAUGUCUGGUGUGUUUACAGUGCUGAAUGGAGUCGGCUGCACUCACAUGUGUGACGCUCAUGUGUUAGCAGACGAUGUUUAAGUAACGUCCCGUCACUGGAUCAGUUUAGCUUUUAUCUGCUGUUGCACAUGAGUUUGAAAAGACUGCAGACGCUGAAGGAUCACAUUCUGCCUGAUCAUAAGCCCACAGCGAUGGCAGGCUCGCCCAGUCCACUCACCACUCAUGUGCUGAACACCGCCAUGGGGGUCCCAGGAUCAAACAUGAUCCUUUUUCUGCAUCGACAGGACCCAUGUACAAAUGCUUGGACACAAAUAACUACAGGAAUCACUAAUGAAGACGGACGUUGCCCAGGACUCAUUACCAAAGAGAAUUUCACACCUGGUGUGUACAAACUGUAUUUUGAGACAGCUGGGUACUGGGCGAGCUUGGGGGAGACCUGCUUUUAUCCCUACGUUGAGAUUGUCUUCACUAUAACAAACACUGAGCAGAAGUACCACAUCCCCCUGCUGCUCAGCCGUUUCUCCUACAGUACAUACAGGGGGAGCUAGAGGUCAAAUGACGUGGCAGGGGCCACGGGCGUCUCCAUCUUUCAGCCAGCAGCAAAAUUCCUCAUAAACAUCACUUUUUAAAAUAUCACAUUUUAGAAUCUGAUCCAAAAUGGGUCAUAUGGAUUUCUAAGUAAUAAAAAAUGUAUA